CUCGCUCAGGUGAAGAGUAUCCAUUUCCACAUAUGCAGUUAGUUGAGCGCAUACUAAAGAGCGCCAUUACUAUAUACAAGUAGGAGACCGCUCCAACUAGCACCACUACUCAAUAGUUUGGCACAGUAAACAAGCGUACAAGUAGUGACAUUACGUAGUCUGACUUCACAAUAGGUUUCCAAAUAAUUUUCUUGUAUGCCUGUAACUGCGUGUAUAUUGCCCUGCGGCUGUUGCUGAUGACCUCAAAGAGCGUAAAUUCCAAUUGUGCGCCACCAACACACACACUCAACUGAGCAUGAGAAAUUCGCAUGCCACAAUACUGUAUUUAUGUAUAGAUUCAUGUAGUUGUAUGUGUGUGUGUGUGUGUAUCGCCUUCAUGCUUGCCACUGUUACUCACUGUUGUUGCCACAAACUCACCGACACUAAUGGGCAUGGCCCAACUCAGCUGCUCGCUGUUGCUUCGGCUUGCAUAGCCGUCGACGAAACUCGUUGGGGAAGAGCAGUUUUUCUGCUGGCAUUCAUCAGUGAAGUUGUGUUGUCGUUGCCGUUGUAGCCGUCGUAGCCGUCGUAGCCGUCGCGCGGUCCACUGUCAGUUAGUUAGUUGUUCGUUGCCUUAGCCCAUGCGUUUGGGUUUGGUUUGCCGUUUUAUUUCUGUGUGUGUUUUCCUCGAUACUUUUAUCGUUGCGGUGUUUUCAGUAAAGGUAAAAUAGAAGAAAAUAGAAUAUUUUUAAAAAUUUAUAUAAAUAUAUAAAACUCGCACUCGAAUUUCUUGACGCGUAAUUUUGUGUGUUUUAAGUGCGAAAUAAGUGUAAGCGUUUAUCAAAUAAAUAUAGCAGCGUGUGUGUAGCGGCAUUCGCGUAAGAAAAACAACAAAAAAUUGUAGUGCUCGCGCAACAACAGCAAAUAAGCAAACUGCUGGGCCAACUUGCGCUCCCUGUCCCGCAAAACCGUGUUACAUGGCUGGCGUCUGCUAAACGCUGACGCUGCUGCUGUUGCAUUUAAAUGAGAACCACAGCGACGCCAUUCAGUCUGCACGUUUUCGUCGUUAUCAGCCGGGAUUAAGGCUUAAGGAUUAAAGGUGCUUCAACUGUGACAAGGAGCACUGAGCAAAUGCAAGAAGGGGGCGCAGAAGAAACAACAACAGUGUUGUACAUAUGUGUAGCGUAGCAUCUCAAAAUGUCACAUAUUUAGAUUUUACCUCAGCAAAUCAGCUGUCAAGCUGCGGCAAGCCUCAAUCUGCCAUAUUUGAGCUCACAAAGGCUUCGGUCUCAAACAGCGCUACCAACCCACCUGCGUCUUUAGCGCUUACUAUGCCGCGAAAGCGGUACUUUUAAGUGGAUAAUUUACUUUGCCUCAUAAGCAUAUGCAUAAAUGCAUAUAAAUAAGCGGAAGUUACUAGUUCGUGCUUGUGCGGUUAUGCUGUAGCCGGCGUCUGUGCAUUGCUGGUAAAUCUCAAAGUUUCCGGUUUUGCUGUGUUGCAGUAUUUAAGAAUAAAACCGCAAGUUGAGUCAGUGAAGGAGUGCCCUCUUUCAGCGGAUAUUUUCAGUGAACGUUACGCUAUGUUUACUUUGCGCGCGCCAAACAUUUAACCAAGCGCCUACCCCUCGAAUACUCUAAACACGCACUUUGCUUUGCUCAACAGCGACGCGCCCACAAAUGUCUGACGAAGUGCCUUCGGGGCGCUUAUCGCAAAUCUUCGAUUCGCUUACCAAUCUACAACAGCAACAAGUGCUACAUGCGCGCCGCCGUUCUGCGUCUUCAUCUUCACCUUCGCCAGCUAAUUCUGGCCGCGCCACGCCAUCCACUGCCAGCGCUGGUCAACAACCGUUUGCCUUUCACCAUCAGCACUUCAGCAAUCAUGCGCAUGCGUAUUAUAUGCGGGCGCAGGAUGGCAACGCGUAUAUGCAUACCUUUCCAGCGGCGGCGGCGACGCAAGCGCAUCAUCAUCAUCACUUGCAUCACAUGCAAUCGGCGCACUACUAUGCGCAUCAACAAAACGCACAACAGCAGCAGCAGCAAUUGUACUGCGGCGCGCAGCAACAGCAAAUGUCCUUACCACCCAUGUAUGCCUCACAGUCGUUGAACUCAUCGCCUUUGCUCACCAAACGCGCCACAUCCUUUAGCGGUAACAUGCCCUUAACGCGUCCGCACUGUGAAAAUAUCGCCGCAAUGCGCAUCUCUGUGGCCACAUCGGGCGCGAGUGGCAAUGGCGUCUCGCAAUCAACGCCAAAUAGUCCGCGUUUAAUGCCACGACGUGUGCAGCGUCCACCGCCCAUACCAGCUAAGCCAAGCGCGGCGUCGCUGCAAAGCGCUAGUGGGAGCGGUAAUGUUGCUAUGGCUAAGAAGCACGUGUCAGCGUCCGGCAGUGAUGCAGCAGAAAAGUCAGAUUCGGGCGCGACGCAGUCGGUUACUGGUGCGACGAUUAAUCCGGGUUUGGCCGCAUUAGAUACCGAUGCGCCUUGGCCGCAUUUCUCCACGCUCACCGAACAUUUGGAUGUGCAUCAGGUGAAUAACUACGCGCAACCAGUGCCGGAGAUUAACUGGCAAGAACGUUGUGUAGAACUUCAACUCGAGCUGCAUCGCUCCAAGAAUCAAGCCGGCCGCAUACGUGAUAUGCUACGUGAAAAGUUAUCCGAGUUGGAACAGCGCGUUGUAGAGGCGGAAGAGCGUGCUGAAGAAGCGGAAGAUAAGGUGCGGGCUAUGGAACAGCGGCUGAGUGAAUGGCCCAAACCACCACAGUCAGCCACUGCCUCGCCGAUCCAUCAAAGCCAACAACAGCAACAACAACAAUCGACACUAACCGCACAGCAAUCAGGUAGUCUUCCUACUCAAGAGGCUGAAAAAACCAUCACCUCAUUGGAAAUACAAGUUGAGGAGCAACGUCAAUUGCGUCUACACGACGCUCGACAAGUCGAAGCAAAAGCGGCAAAAAUCAAAGAAUGGGUCACCAAUAAACUACGUGAACUCGAAGAACAAAAUCAAUUGUUGCGCGAACAGAAUGUUAAAUGUAAUCAACAAUUGGAGCUAUUAAAGAAUCAUAUCGCCAAUCAAUCGAACCGACACAGCAUCGUCGGACCACAUCCAGUGCGCAAUAGUCUGAGUUUGGAUGUGCAAGAGUUUGCCGACUCAGCAGAGGGACGACGACGCAGCGAAAGUUUAGAUCCGCAAGAGAUCAUCAAUCGCCCAUUAACCGCUUCAUAUCCGCAUCAUCAGCAUCGACGCAAUCUCAGUAUGGAACCGCAAGAGCUCGAACGUAAUUUGGUUGCGGCCGUAGAUGGUUUAACGCUCACACCACUCUCCAGCAUCUCGAAAGCGUCCACAACGCGACCAGAUAGUUCAGAUACAGAUACUGCACAUGAUUAUGCUGAAAUCUAUACUCCAUCGUGUGAAAAGCUGCCAGCCUGGAUGAAAAACAAUCCAGCGUUAAUGGCGAGCGGCGGUAAUUCCAGCACGACAACCACUACCAGUGAUUUGGGCGUACCACGUCCACCAACGCCACCAUUACAUCGUUUCCCCAGCUGGGAGGCGAAGAUUUAUCAAGUAGCCAACGAUGGGCUGAGUGGCGUGAGUGAGGAGAACCUUGUGCAGCAUCAACAAGAUGUGCACGCAACGCAGACGCACUCACAACCGCCACCCGACAUACAGGAGUCCACAAGUGGCGCGGCGUCGGGAGGCAGCAAUAGCGCCUGCAAUACGCUAGCAAACGGCGGCGGCCAUGGACGUGCUACGCCUUCAAACAACGGUACAUUGGGUAGCACGCGCGGUGAGAGUGGCGCUGGCGGUAAUGGCGUACCUGGAACACCACAGCUGCCCACACGUCAACAGCAGACUGCAAGCGGAGGUUUCUGUGAUAUAUCGGUGCCCGUUUAUGCGACCGUCAAAGGGCGCGCCUCACAAAUACGUUCCAUGCCCUUCACGGGCGACUCCAGUGAUGACUCGAGCGAUGGCGAAGAUCAUGCCGUUAUGCUAACGCACAAUUCACACAACUCAUCAAGCACCGACAACACGGAAACAUCAACUUCGGGUAGCGCAUCGAGUCCUUCGAAGAGCCUAAAGACAUCCUCGAGUUUGAGUCCAGCUAAGCGUAGUGGUUCGGAGAGUCCAAAGAAUACGAAAGCACGUGCUCACCAAAUGCACAUAUCCAGCACACAUUACACCAACGCCAAUAUCAAACACAACAAUCAUUACAACACAAUGCACACAUACAACAAUACACAACAUUUAGGUCCUUACACCAAUACACAUACAUUACCAUUACCAAAUCACAACAACAAUGCCAACAAUCACGCGACUACCAACAAUCAUCUACGUCUCCCCCACAUGCGUGGUACAGUAAUUUCAGAUAUUUCCUUUGAAUCAGGCCUGUCGGAUGAUUACGCCUUGCCACCGGAUGCGGUAUCAGAGUCCACGUGCAUGGACGCCUCCAUGCCGUCGCUGCUAAUGCGACAAUCGUAUGUGGACUCGCCAAGCAAGAAGCUCGAAUCGCUCGAAAAGAUGGGUCAUCUUGCCAAACUCGGAGGCAAACUGAAAACGUGGCGUAAACGUUGGUUUGUCUUAAAGAAUGGCACACUCACCUAUUGGAAGAGCCAACACGAUGUCAACCGUAAGCCACAAGGUCAGAUCAUGUUGGAUGAGGCAUGUCGCAUUAAUCGUGCCGAAGGUGCUUCCACUUUUGAGAUUGAUACCGGCAAGAAGGUUUACUAUCUUACCGCUGAUUCGAAUGCAACAAUGGAUGAUUGGAUACGCGUGCUGCAGAAUGUGCAGCGUCGCAAUGCGACCAAGCUGCUGUUGAGUCGUGACGAUCAGAAGCCCACCAUACAGGGUUGGAUCACAAAAGUGAAGAAUGGACAUGCAAAGAAGUGUUGGUGUGUGCUUUUGGGUAAAAUGUUCCUCUACUUUAAGGCGCCAGGCGAGACGAAUCCGCUUGGUCAGAUAAAUAUGCGCGAUGCACGCGUCGAAGAGGUCGAACAUGUUUCCGACUCUGAUUCGGAGGAGCGUGAAGAUCCGACACAGAGUCAGGCACGUCUUACCGUCGCCAUUUAUCCAGCACAUCAAGGUCCCACAUACCUUAUACUACCCGGCAAGCAGGAACGUGAUAAUUGGCUAUACCAUUUAACUGUGGUGUCGGGUGGUGGCCCAAAUGCGGGCACACAAUACGAACAACUCGUACAAAAACUUAUGGAGACUGAUGGAGAUCCCAAUUGUGUUCUAUGGCGCCAUCCAAUUUUAUUGCAUACCAAAGACGCCAUCACUUCACCGCUUACCUCGCUACACUCAGAAGCCAUGCAGCCCGAAGCUAUUAAAUUGUUUAAGAGCAUUCAACUCUUCAUGUCAGUAGCUGUCAAUCAACCCGGCAUCGAUUACCACGUCGUCUUGGCACAAAAUGCUUUACAACACUGCCUGGAUAUGCCCGAAUUGCAAACGGAAAUGAUCGGCAUAUUGGUGAAGCAGACAUCACGGCACACGGGCCAGAAGCUUAGUGUCGGCGUCCAGGUAAACAAGAAACUGGGCAAGCAAACGCGCCAACUACUUCUGUGCGCCACGCAGAGCCUCUUUACUUGUGAUACACAACAAGGUGGCGCCGCACAGGCCAACGGCAGUUCACCAACAUCCAUACAGGCUCCCGCUCCGCCACCUAUCAUCGAUUGCAAAUCAAAUCCACCCGCCUACUCGUUCGUCCAAGGCUGGCAAUUGCUCUCGCUCGCCGUCUCGCUGUUUGUACCCAAAUCGAGUCGUCUUCUAUGGUAUCUGAAACUACAUCUCUCACGUAAUGCGGACACGAAAACUGAGACGGGUAAAUAUGCCGCCUAUUGUGAGCGCGCAUUGGAGCGUACAUUGAAGAAUGGCGGUCGCGAGACGAAACCCUCACGCAUGGAAGUCCUGUCUAUAUUGCUGAAGAAUCCAUAUCAUCACUCACUGCCACAUGCUAUACCAGUACACAUGAUGAAUACCACUUAUCAGGUCGUCUCAUUCGACGGCUCGACUACAAUCGAAGAGUUCCAAACUACGCUCGCGCAGGAGAUUGGCACACGUGACGCCACCAACGGUUUCUGUCUCUUCAGCGACGAUCCAAUCGAAAAGGAUCUCGAACACUAUCUCGACCCGCUCGCUAAACUCUGUGACGUCAUCUCAAAGUGGGAGACCGCCUUGCGCGAAAAAGGUUCCGGUAAAUUCGAAAAUACACGCGUCAUACAGUUGACCUACAAGAAUCGUCUCUACUGGCGGCACACAGUCAAAUUCGAAACGGACAAGGAACGUCUGCUAUUUUGCUAUCAAACCAAUGCACAGAUUGUGCAGGGACGCUUUCCGUUGUCGCGCGAUCUAGCGCUCGAGUUGGCUUCGCUGAUGUCACAAAUCGACAUGGGCGACUACUCGCACGAAAAAUCACGCGGCACGGGUAGCAAUGUCGGCAUCAAAGCGCUGGAUAAAUUCUAUCCCUACCGUUAUCGUGAUGCGCUCAACGCCGAGCAGCUGAAAGAGGUGCAAGAGCUGCUCAUCUCGAAGUGGAUGCUGCUCAAAGGACGCUCAACGCUCGACUGUGUGCGCAUCUACUUGACAUGUUGCCGCAAGUGGCCCUACUUCGGCGCCAGUCUCUUCCAAGCCAAACCACGUCACUCCGAUCAAGCCAUGGCCUGGUUGGCCGUCUCCGAGGAUGCGCUUAAUGUGCUCGAGCUUAGCUCGAUGACGCCAAUGGCACGUUAUCCCUACACCUCGGUGAUGACUUUUGGCGGCUGUCAGGAUGAUUUCAUGCUGGUCGUCUCCAACGAGGAUACGCUGGCUACAUGUGGUACACAAGAGCAAAAACUGCUCUUCGCUAUGAGCAAGCCAAAGAUACUCGAAAUAACGCUCUUAAUCGCCGACUAUAUGAAUGCGCUUGGCCACACCGUGCCCGGCACGCCGCAAAUGAAUACGCUCACCCGCAAUGGCUCACAUCGUUCGCUGCGUUCACGUCCCGCUGGCGGUGGCACUGGUACCGGCACCGGCACGGGCACCGGUCUCGGUGGUUGCGGCACCACCACAGCUGGCAUGUCCACCAAUGCGACCACAACGGCGCACAACACGCUCAACUCACAUGCCACUCAUACACUAAACUCGACACAUUCGCAUACGCUGAGCUCGUCGCACUACAGUGGCGGCGGUGGUGGCAUCGGUGUUACGCAUGUCGGUAGUCAUCAGGGCACCAUGAGCUCAUCACAUGGGCACGCUCAUCAUCAUCAGCCGGAUAUAUUGAAGAGUACGCCCGAUCAUCAGCGCAUCAAGUAGAGUGAACGUAAUUGUAAAUAAAUUAGUAUAGGCAUAUACUAGCUGGUUAUUUAUUAUAAUUGCGCGCCAAAAAGUAUGUUAAGUUUACAAUUUAGCGACCAGAUGACCCAAAAUAAAUCAUUUAGUUCAACUAUUUUUAUCGAGCUGAAGUAAUUUAUAGCUAACAUGCUACACCAUCUCUUUCGAGCUACCAAAACGGACUUAGCUCGAACCAGGUUUCCGUGGUAAAUAAAAAAGCCGACCUUCCGUUAAACAAUACACAUUGUUGCCGAGAGAUUUUGCUUACAAUAAUACAAAUUUUUCUCCUAAGUAAAAAAUUUGUUUACAUUCAGCAAGCUUGAAAAGCUUUAUGAAGGGUCUGUAAAGCUUAUGAGAUUUUCAUUCCUGGGCUCGGAAGUCUUCCAAUGCCUAUGAAGUAUUCAACUACACCGUAAAACUAUAACUAGAACCUUAAACGUUUUCAGUCGUCUCUAACUGUACAUUAUACUAGAAACUUUCUUUUUUAAUCAACGACGAUGCUAUUAAGAUAUAUCUUAGGUUCUUUAAGAAAGAAAUAUCAAGAAUCGAAAGUCGAACUGCUAUGUUUCCUAUUUAAAAAAAACAAUAACAAAAAUUAAUGUUGAAAAAAGUAUAGUUGAAAAAAAGUAUAAAAAUAAAAGCUUAGUAACGGUAUUUUGGUGCUACUAAAGCACAAGUUAAAGCGAUUAAUAUUAAGUUUUUUCAGUUUUUGAACGUUUAACUUUUUGUAAAAGCUUAUAUCUCUCACAUGUUACAAAAGGCCAGCAAUCUUAGCAACUUACUGAAAGCUCAAUAAAGCUUUCAUUGGUUUUUGUUGUUGUUGUUGUUAUAACGAUUAUCUAAUCCCCGUUUGGGUGAUAAAUUCUAGAUUCGUUGUCGUCGAGGUCAUCUAACGGAAGGCCCAGGAAACGAGCUGUUUCGACGGGGUCGGACCAUAGGGAAAGGGGUGUUAGAUGAGUGGGGUUUGUAGGGCAUGCAAAGAGGUGGUUAGUGUCAUGCGGAGACUCAUUGCAUGCAGGACAUGUGUUUAGUAUGUCGGGGUCUAUUCUGGAUAGGUAGGAGUUUAACCUGCUACAGUAUCCAGAACGAAGUUGCGCGAGGGUCACUCUAGAUUCGCGAGGCAACUCGAGCUCUGUGUCUGCAAUGGGUGGUGGUUUGACUCGUAUUACGCCAUUCACUGAAAGGGAGUCGGUGAAGGUGUUAAUGGCUCCACUGUGAAUGGCGGUCAGUGCUUGUCUGAAGUUAGUUGCGUCCGAAGUCUGGUCGACGUGCUGUCUGAUGUCGUCGACGUAGUCAAGGAAGGACCUCUUGAUGUUCCUAGGAGGCUGCUCCGCUGCAAGCAGGCGUCUGCAGGGGUGGUUUCUGCGAAAACAUCCCAGCAGAAACUGCUUGGAGAGGAGCUCAUUAUGUUCCUUAACCGGAAGCAUACGGGCCUCACUGUGUAGGUGUUCGAUUGGGGACAUCAAGAGGCACCCCGUGAUAGUCCGGAGUGCAGUGUUCUGACAAGUCUGGAGCUUCUUAUUCUGCGUGUCACUACAUCCAGGCGACCAUAUUGCGGCUGCAUAAUUGAGGACCGGCCGGCCGAUUGCCUUGUAUGUUGCCAACAACGUUUCUUUGUCCUUUCCCCAUGAGCUGCCGGCAAGCGACUUGAGGAUUUUGUUGCGGCUCUGUACUUUGGCAGUUAUCGCGGUCGUGUGAGGAGUGAAAGAGCACAGACUGUCCAAAGUGACGCCUAAAAUUUUAGGGUUAUUUACUGUCGGAAUUUUUGUGCCAUCGACUGAAAUGUUCAGGUCCAGUCUGUACUCCUUCGUCCAAUUGGUGAAGAUGGUCGCUGUGGAUUUAGUGGGGGAGAGUGUUAAGUUCCUUGCAGAAAAGAAGCGAGAAAGAUCGGAGAGGUAGCCGUUUACUUUUGAACACAUGCCAUCGAUUCCAUUGCCCGACGUCAAUAUCGUACAGUCAUCUGCGUACGAGGUCACUGAAAUUCCCGCUGGUGGCUGGGGGAGUUUCGAAAUGUAGAAAUUAAACAGUAGCGGGGAGAGGACACCGCCCUGCGGAACCCCCUGUUUAAUUUUUCUGAGUUUGGAGUUUUGACCUCGAAAUAGUACGGAUGAGUGUCGACCGCUCAGGUAGUUCAUGGUCCACCGCUUCAACCCUGGAGGGAGCGCAAAUUUUACGUAAAUGUAAUUAUUUGGAAGAGAACAUAAUUUUUCAUUGGUUUUUAUACCACUUCAGUGCUCACUUAAUAGUUGAGAAUUGUUAUGAAACUAAUUAUUUUUCAAUGUUUUUGUAUGGAGAAUAUCACCUUCUAAACAAAAACUCUGCCAUAAAAGCUCACAUAGCUUUAAAGCUUUUAUAUAUAAUAUAUAAUAAUUUAUUUAUUAUAUGCGUGCCUGAAAAUGUGCACAAUUUUACAAAAGAAAGUUAUAUAGUUAAUAUUAGAAAGUGAAUGGCAACUUUAAAAAGCAAUCGGAGUUUCAGAGCUUUAAUUGCGUAUGCUGUAAAUGCGCAAAUUUUACGUAAAUGUAAUUAUUUGGAAGAGAACAUAAUUUUUUUUUAGAGAGAACAUAAUUUUAGUAAGCUUUUUUAAAGCUUUCGAUUUUGUGUCGUUGCUGAAUAAGUUUGCACAAAAAGCUUUGCGUGUUAGGCAAAUGUAAUCAUUUGAAUAAUUUAACAGUUGUUUUUUAGAAAUUGCAUAAAUUUAGUAAGCUUUUCAAAGCUUUCAAGCUUGUGUCGCAGGUUUUGAAAGCUUGGACAAACAUUUUUGUGUGUUUGAGCUAAGUUGGUUGUUGCUGAAUGUGUAAUUUAAUGUUCUGGUUUUAGUUAGCACCAAAAUACCGUUACAAAA